AAUGCAGCAUCGGAGGUGGGCGGGGCUGUGGAAGCACCCAGAGCACGUUUGGCUAGCUAGCAAGCGCCAGUGCUACUUGGCGGUCAGUCACCAAUCGUCAUGUCGGGAAAAAGCUUUCGAGUGAGCGACGGGGACUGGAUAUGUCCUGAUAAAAAGUGUGGAAAUGUGAACUUUGCAAGGAGAACAAGUUGUAAUCGAUGCGGGAGAGAGAAAACCACAGAGGCCAAGAUGAUGAAAGCAGGAGGGACAGAAAUUGGGAAAACUCUGGCUGAGAAGAGUAGAGGACUUUUCAGUGCUAAUGAUUGGCAAUGUAAAACAUGCGGAAACGUUAACUGGGCACGGCGAUCGGAGUGCAACAUGUGUAAUACUCCCAAAUAUGCCAAGCUGGAAGAGAGAACGGGUUAUGGUGGCGGCUUUAAUGAAAGGGAAGACGUGGAAUACAUUGAGCGAGAGGAAUCUGAUGGUGAAUAUGAUGAGUUUGGGAGGAAAAAGAAAAAGUAUCGUGGUAAGAGCAGUAGCAAGACUUCUUCCUCAAAAGGAAGUGAAAAGAAAGAAGUAGCGAAAAAAGCUCAGCCACCCCCACCGCAGGACGACGACGAAGAGGAUGACGACGAUGAAGAUGGUGACCUGUCAAAAUACAAACUGGAUGAUGAAGACGAAGAUGAUGAAGACGGCGACCUCUCCAAGUACAACCUAGACGCCAGCGAUGAGGAAAAGGAGCAAGAUAAGAAAAGGGGCAGCCGCUCGGGCUCGUCCCGUUCCCGCUCGUCCUCGCGCUCAUCCAGCUCCAGCUCUCGGUCGAGGUCCAGAUCCGGUUCUAGGAGCUCCUCUAGUUCCCGAUCCGGAUCUCGCUCGAGGUCCCGCUCCAGAUCCAGCUCCAGGUCUGGAAAGGGAUCCUCACCCCGGAAGAGGUCCGCCUCCCCGUCCUCCUCGCCCGAGGGGGGACAGAAGCGCAGUCGCUCCAGGUCAUCAUCUGCAGGGAGAAAACGGAAGCGCUCUAGAUCCCGUUCGUCCGAAAGGCGCAGCAACCACUCCUCCGGAUCCUCCCAUUCUGGCUCCAGUUCUAAAAAGAAAUAACCUAAAUUUUAAUGCCUCGGUGAAAUGAAUCCAGUGCAUGUUACCAUGAGAGGAACAUCCACAUCCAUACAGUAUGCUGUUCGCCACCUCCAUACCCACACGAACGACAUAGUAGCAACUCUCCUAAGAUGUCAACACCUUCCCUCCCCAACUUGUGCCACAUGUCCACCUAUAUACAUACAUACUGUAUAUUAUAGGUGAACAUUCAACAUAAAUGUUUGGUCCCUAUUUUGGGAUCACGUUGGCGGCAUAAUCUUUGGGGAGCUGUAGAAUUUCCCUCAGGACAUGGCAUCCUCUUAAGUAUAAAAAGAAUCAGUCUAGGGGAAAGUACAUGUAGGAUCGAAUACUGGUUGUUCACUUUACUUUUAAGGUAAGUAUUGCCAAGCUUUUGUUAUUCGCGAACAGUACACAUUUCAUUCAAAAUAGGUUUGGAUGUUUUCAUCUGUAAAAACACCACAUUAUGAUUUGAUUGAGAAAUUCCCAAUUAGUGUUACAAGACUUAAAAGUACAUCAUGACAAUGCUUUCUAUAUAAACAAUUCUACCUGUGGAAAUAAAGUCUUGUCAACUGCAAA